AUGCAUACCACACUCUUCACCCUCCCUCUCCCCGUCAUCCUCUUCCUCACAACAGCCCUCGCACUGCCCGCACCAAUACCAGCACCCGCCACCCCCAGCAUCCUAGAGUCCUACCUGGACUUCAAUGCAAUCCCCGCCAACGCCGAACUGAUCCCUCAUUCCGCCCUCACCAAACGCAAUCUCAACCUCAACUCCAACUCCCAAGCACCGCUCACACCCUCCCUCUCCUCUUCCUCAACCAAAAACCCACCACCGAAAAAGUCCUGCCCACCACCCCACCUCGACCCCUCCGAAAUCACCACCCUCGUCUCAUCCCUCACCGCCGAAAUGCUAUCCAAACACAGCCACGGCAUCGGAUUCCCGUAUUCGACUGAUACGCAUUGUUCGGGGAGCGUGGAGCUUACGGCGAGGAGUCCGGUCGUACGGAAAGUGGAGAGGGCAAGCGGAGAUGGGAUUAGCAAUGGAGAUGAGGGAGGAAGUGGGAAAGGAGAGUUCCAGUUUAAUGCGAAAUUAAAAAUCUUGCUCACGCCUAUGGGGAGUGAUAAUUACGGGAUGAAGAGGGCGCAUUUCGCUAGUUUGUUGAAGAGGGUUGCCGGGGCGGGGUUGGGAUUUGAGUUUGUUGGUGGUGGAGAGGACUCGAAGCUGGAGACAGAGGGCGAGGGUGGCCAAGGAAAGAGGGAGAGGGAUGGCUUGGUGGUUUGGGAUGAGGGAGAAGGGGAGAAGGAUGGGAGGAGAGGUGUGUUGGAGGGUGUUAGUGGAGAUGUUGGGUUUGUGGCGAGGUUGGUUGUUAGUCCGGUCUUGGGAGGUGGGUGUUUGGCUUAG